AUGGCGGGGAUGGAGCCCCGCAAAACCCCUCCGGAGUACUUCCUGGAGAUCUUCGCCGAUACCACCCAUGUGCGAGAUGUUCUGAAGGGUGUCCUAAACCUCAUCUUCUUCCACCGUUAUUUCCCUUCUAUCCGGCCGGUCACCUUUGACGUGCUCGACUUUACACUCCCCGCUAUAAAUGAUGCAGAUCUAGAGACGCUGAUUGAAUCGCGCGUAUCGGCUCUGGUCCGGCAGCACCUGUCUUCCGCAGCCGGGCAGGAUGGCCAAAUUGUGGGUGGGGGCGGGGGCGUGCGAGGGCGGAUUGCAGUUGAGUUCUACGAGAAGAAACGGCAUCGCUCGGGCCACUGGUUUGGGGGAUUGACAGGGAAAGGCGAGGAAGAGGUGUGCUGGGAGAUUUGGACACUUGAUGUGACGAUCGCGACACCGCGCACUGAGUCCGAACGAGCCAAGGUGCGCAAGGCAAUGGGAAAUAUGCUGCAAAAGGCAGCUUUGAAAAUCUUGAGCGUUGUAAAUCGAGAUAAAGACCACAUCCCACCCAUAACCACUAGCGAUUCAAACCCGUUCCCCUAUCGGAUUGUGGUCAACCCUCGCGCUGACGGCUGGGGAAAUCGCAUAGGGCUUUACUGA